AUGUCAAACGCUGAAUCAGUACGGAGGAUACUCAAGCCACUUGGCAUUUUUACUGCAUUUAAACCCCGCCAUGCUUUACGCACGUUGCUUUCUCGCCCCACGCCGAACGAAAUUGUCAUCAAUCCGUCUUCGAAACCGUUAACCAAAGAGCAGGAGUCACUACUUAGCAAAGGCAUGAAUUUCGCCCCCACCACCACCAAGAUACCCUGCAAAGAAAUCAUUGCUGAAGUUGAAGAUCAACUUCGCUUUGUGAAGAACCCUACCGCGGUCAACCUUGCCAGAAACCGUUUUCUUAACGUCAUUUCAAAGAAGUGGGAGGCACCGCCUUCCAAUCUGACCGCCGGCGAGAGGAAUGCCAUGAAGAAACUACAAGCAGAUUCGGACAUCAUUGUGCUCCCUUCAGAUAAAGGGAAAAGCACUGUGGUCUUAGACAGAACUGAAUAUCUGCAAAAAAUGCACAACCUUGUUGACGACGAGUCCCGCUUCACGAAACUUGAAUCUGACCCAACAACAAGGUAG